AUUCCUCCAUUGCGCCAACAGGCGACGCAAGAGGGCGGUAGGAGUGUGCAUGCGCAGUUGGCGGACAUUUCCGCAGACAACGCUCACAGCCACCUCGGGUCUCUCGCGACAGCAUGAAGGCAAGCGAGGACGCCAGAGGAGCGCGCAGCGAGAAGCCGAAGAAGUUAGGUCUCUGCGUCCUCUGCGGACUGCCCGCAGCAGGAAAGUCGACCUUCGCGCGUGCCCUCAGCCACCGUCUACGGCAGGAGAGUAGCUGGGCCGUGGGCGUCGUCGCCUAUGAUGACGUCAUGCCAGACGCGUUCCUAGAGGAGGCGAGCGCUCGCCCAUUGACCAAGGCCAUGGAGCUCAUCCAGUCACCACGACCAUCCCAGUGGAAAUCGCUUCGCCAGGAACUGUUGAAGUACCUUGAAUACUUCUUUCUGGCUGUCAUUAACGGGUGUCAGAUGUCUGCCCCACCCAGCAGGACUGAAGCCAUGUGGGAGGAUUUUCUAACCUGCUUGAAGGAUCAAGAUCUGAUAUCUUCUUCAGCACUUGAGGCCCAGUCUCACUAUCUCUUAACGAAGACUGCUGUUUCUAGACCUCUGCUUUUGAUUUUAGAUGACAACUUUUAUUAUCAAAGUAUGAGAUAUGAAGUCUAUCAGCUGGCUCGGAAAUAUUCAUUAGGCUUUUGCCAGCUCUUUUUAGAAUGUUCUCUCGAGACCUGUCUACAGAGGAAUGGCCAGAGACCACUUCCAGUGCCUGCCGAGACCAUCCACCUGAUGGGAAGCAAGAUAGAAAAGCCCAACCCUGAGAAAAAUGCUUGGGAACACAACAGCCUCACAAUUCAGAGCCCAGCGUGUACUUCAGAGGCCAGACUGAAAUUGACUGAUUUACUGCUUACUGCUUUGGAAAAUCCAAUAAAAUACGUGGAGGAGAAUGUGGAACAAAAGGAAACAGACAGAAUUAUUUGUUCAACUAACAUUCUUCAUCAAGCUGAUCAGACCCUCCGAAGAAUUGUCUCUCAGACAAUGAAGGAAGCGAAAGGUGAACAGUUGUUUCCGUACAACUUGAAACUUCUAGCCGAAGAACUUAACAAGCUCAAAGCAGAGUUUUUGGAAGACCUAAGACAAGGAAACAAAAAAUACCUGUGCUUUCAACAAACCAUGGACUUAUCAGAUGUUAUUUCUUUUUUUCAUUAUGAGAAAGAUAACAUUGUACGGAAGUAUUUUUCAAAGCAGCAUUAAAACUUGAUUUCCAAUCAAAGCCAUUUUGGUUACGAUUUUGCAAACUAAUUUAAACAAUUCUGUAUUACUGGGUGUUUUCUAGGCCAAUGAUGUGAAUUGCCAAAGGG